GCCUAACGAAUUAAAACCCUACAGUGUGCGCCACUCUCAACCUCACUUCACACGCAGAAUAGUGAUGUGCUGAAAGUGAAAUGUGAGAAAGUGUAAGUGUAAAGUGUUACGCAGUGAUGUGACUUGGCUUCUGAGGCAAGCAUCAUGGGACUUCACAAGCGGGGAAAGAAUGGUCUUCUCUCGUACGAGAAUCCGAACUACCACUUGGACCCGUCGAGACUCGAAUCUGCGAUCUACAGCGACCUCUACGACAUGCACGACGACAAGAACAUGCCAGACGACUACGACGCCUACUUGGACAAUAGGAGAGUUGAAGAUGAACCCACAUCGCCAGUGACAAAAACAAAUGAGAAAACCGGGUUCAUCACGCCCCAACAGAAUGGCGGCGAAGAAUCCCCCCCUCCUGAAAAGGAGCGGGCGGAUCAAGAGGACACAGAGAAGAGCCACGCGGGGCCCGUGCCCCACUGCGCGGGGCCCAAUGACGACCUCUACGCGAUCCCCGUCAAGCUGCGCCCCAAGAAGGAGCCCCAGCUGCCCCCGGGGUGGGAGAAACAUGAGGACAACGACGGCCCCUACUACUGGCACAUAAAGAGCGGGACUAUCCAGCGAGAGAUCCCCAAAAUGCCGCCGGUCGAAGCCCGGGAGUCGCGGAUCUCCAUGGUGCGCGACUGCUCCAACUUGUCCGAGGUGAACAAGUAUGAAGGAGUCAUGACUGGUUCCGUCACCAGGAGUACCACUAGUGGGGCGCUGGACCAUGACGCUCAGGAGGCUGAGAGGAAGAGGAAAGAGGAGAUGUCUUACAAACGCCGCAGUUUCCCGGCCCGUCCGGAGCCGGAUAACGGGCGCGCCGUCCGGUUCUUCGUCCGGUCGCUGGGCUGGGUGGAGAUAUCCGAGUCUGAUCUCACGCCGGAGCGGUCCAGCCGCGCCGUCAACAAGUGCAUCGUGGACCUCAGUCUGGGUCGCAACGACCUGCUUGAUCAAGUCGGCCGUUGGGGAGAUGGCAAAGACCUGUUUAUGGACCUGGACGACGGCGCCCUGAAGCUGAUCGACCCUGAGAGCCUGACCACGCUGCACACGCAGCCCAUACACACCAUCCGUGUUUGGGGAGUCGGCAGGGAUAACGGACGGUGA